UUUUACCAUGAACUUCUAGCAUGGGCUCUUCUUGAUCCAUUGUAUUUUUCAGAUUUCUUUAAAAAAAAAAAAAAAAACAAAUAAAUGCCGGGUUUCCUAUGCCCUAAACGAAUACGGCCGUUUCAAAUACUUUGAGAGGUGAGACGUUUAACUAAACCCUGAACAACGGCGAGACCGGCAACAAAAACGGCAAUCAUCACUUUGUGUCUGCAAAUCCACCAUAACCAAACCAACACCAGCUACAGCUAGCUUUCCUCUAAUGAAGAUCAGCCGAAAAGGAGGAGGAAUUAACAAGAAAUCUGGGAUUAGGAAGCCACACCCAAAACAUGUUGGUCCCAAGAAGAAGAUCAAUAAACCCAAAAGCAACAACAAGAACAAGAGUAAAAUGGAAGUAGAAUUGAAGAAGAACAUACCUGAAAUACAAAAGCCUGAAAAGCCACCCACCAAAUCCAAACUUAUUACUUCCCAACAUUUAUCACCUUCUGAGCACCGUUCUUUUUUUAUUCACCAAUUCGAAUCUGCAAAUGACACUAAGCUCUCUUCCCUCGAAUUGGAAUCCAUUCAAGAAUCAUACUUUGUAAAGCUGUCUGAGGGUGUUAAUCAAGAAUCUGGCAAUCUAGGGCAACAUAUUAAAGGCAUGUUUGCAUCAUCAUGGAAAAAAGUUCUUUGUGACUCCCAGCUUGUAGAGGGAAAAGUGGAACCAGGGAGCCCAUCUGUCUUGGUUAUUAGUGCUUCUGCUCUAAGAUCAUUGGAAAUGUUAAGGGGCUUGCGGAUAUUGACUAAAGAAUGCCAAGCUGUGAAGCUUUUCUCAAAGCAUAUAAAGAUUGAUGACCAGGUGGCCCUGUUAAAGAAUCGUGUUAAUAUUGCUUGUGGUACGCCAAGCAGGAUUAAGAAAUUAUGUGAAAUGGAGGCUUUGGGUCUUUCACGGCUGGAUAUUGUUGUUCUUGAUAUGCAUACAGAUGUUAAAGGCUUUUCAUUGCUUACCCUUCGACAAGUCAGGGAUGAAUUUUGGGAUUUGUACAAGACUUAUAUCCACCAACAGCUUCUUCAAGGCAAUCUAUGUGUUUGCUUGUAUGGUCCGAUACCGAUUGACAGUGGCGGGAGUGCGAAAACUUCUGAAGAUCAAUAAACCAUCUCUAAUUCUUUUUAUAAUCACCAUCUAAAAUGUACUUUUUAGUGAACUGGUGUAAUUUUUUGUACUUAUUUUGAUAAAAAAAAGGCAACUUUUUUGCCCUUUUUUCACUGGUAUUGAUGCUCUUAUGCAGUAGGUUGAAAUAGGGUUUAACUUAUCAGUUGAAUGGAUCACAAUCAAUUUUUCAGUUCCCAUUCCAAUUCAUUGGGGAGCAUUAUAUCAAGAAAAAAAUUUGGGAGCA